AUGAGAGUGGAAAUCGAUGGUCGGCAGUUACAUCAUCUUCGCUUUGCUGAUGAUAUCGUCCUUAUGACACCAAACAUUAGCCAAGCGGAACGUACGUUUGACGACUUUGAUAAAGCCUGUGGAAAGAUUGGUCUUCGACUGAAUCUCACAAAAACGAUGUUCAUGAAGAACGGAUUGAUUUUGUAUGAGCCAUUCACGCUCAACGCAACGAAUGUCUCUGAAUGCUCCAGUUAUAUCUAUUUAGGUCGGGAAAUCAAUAUGUUGAACGACCUAGCUCCAGAGCUGAGCAGUAGGGAACGAGCGUCUUAG